UUCCGCGUUCCACAAGCUGAACAGCCUAGCCUCCAUUUCCAAGAACUCUCCGACAAAAUAAUUCACAGUACACUUUUGAUGCGAACCCUACCCUACCCGAACCCCGCACGAUGAACACGGUAGAUUGAUAGCUACUCGGCCAGCCCUACCCUAUGAAUCGAGAUGUCCAACAGGUACGGACAGUCGUUCCGCAACGGCAACGGCUACGGAAACUUUGGGAGGCAAGAUGAUGACUACGAUCCCUUCGGCGAAGGCUAUGGCAGCGAUAGAUAUGUGGCGCCACAACAACCGAGUAACCCGCGAUCUCGUACGGCAACCCGUACGGCAACCCGGAACCCCUCGUCGUCGCGCCAGCGACAACAACAGCAGCAGCAGCAGCAGCAACAGCAACAACAGCGCGGAUAUGUGACCAAUGCAGAGCGCCAGAUCGGCGAGGUCUUGGAACUCAUCAAGCAGGAAUGGCCGGCAAUGUGCGAGAAUGACUGCGUCCCGGUACAAUUGGCGCUGCAGCUGCUCGACACGAGCUCGGUGGGAAGGGCACACGAAUACCGCGACUUCCAAAAGACACAUACGUUCUUGCAGGAUUCGCUGAAGAACAUCGUCCACGACUACCAUCAGGGUUUCAACAGCUCUAUCGGCACGUUCCACAAGAUCCAGGGAAGCAUACAGGCCUCGCAGAAGAAGGUGCGCGCCCUGAAGGAUUCGCUUGCAGCUUCGAAGGCGAGCUUGUGCACAACAGACCUGGAGCUCAAGAAGAUGCAUACCACAUCCAAGAUGUAUGAUGAGGUUCUGCAGACGCUCAACGAACUCGACGACCUCCGUGCUGUGCCCGACCAGCUCGAAGCAAGGAUAUCCGAGAAGCGGUUUCUUAGCGCCGUGGAGGUGUUGCAGAACGCGCUGCGGAAGUUGAGGAAACCGGAGCUUGAUGACAUUGGAGGGCUGACCGAAUUGAGGAGCUACUUGGCCAACCAAGAAAAUGCCCUGAUGGAUAUCCUCGUGGAGGAGCUCCACGAACAUCUCUAUCUCAAGUCUCCCUACUGCCAAGAGAGAUGGCAGAACCUCGCCAGUAAUCAGGGCGGCUUCAAUGACACCUAUGCGGUCUCGGAAGCGGCAGCACCGUUCUAUAUGGUCCUAGACUCGAUGGACUUGGAAAAGGCAGCCGCCGAGGACCCAGCCAAGAACCCCGAGGCAGACACUUUCUAUUACGUUGGCCUGCUCGUUGAAUCGCUAAACAGAUUAGGACGGCUAGAGACCGCUGUUGAUACCCUGAAGCAGAGACUACCGGUUGAGCUCUUUGGAGUGGUCAAUGAGACGAUCAACGAUGUCGAUCAGAAACAUCCCAGUUCCUUGCGAGGAGGGACGUCUGGUCCACGUGGCCUUCAUAUAUACGGCAACAGGGAAACCCGGAUGAGGGCCGACGUCAUCUAUGACCUUCUGUGGACGUUGUAUGGGAAAUUCGAGGCCAUCGCAGAAGGACACCGCGUCCUUCACGAGUCUAUCAAGGCGCUUAUCCGCCGUGAGGGUGCUGGUAAUAACAGCGCCCUCCUGGGAAGCUUCAAGGAACUGUGGAACCUUUAUCAGAACGAGAUCCGAUCCCUCCUCCAUAACUAUGUCACCACCGAUGCCGAUGUAUACCAGUUCAACUCCUCCCUGAGGCCUGGAGCGACCCUAGAUGGGAGGUCGGAUCCUUCGCGAGAGCAUCUGUUCAAAUUUUCCGAGACAGAUACAAAGUCGGUCGAGAUAGCCACGGAAUUCGAUGCUCUGGAUGGGAUUAUUCGCGCUGCAGUCCCGGGCUUGACUUCCAACAGCCGCAAGGGCCUCGACAACACAAACAAGAAGGCCUCUUUGAUAGCACCUCGACCAGAUGUGAGGAAGAGCACUGGCCCGACCUCGGGGAAGAAUCAGCAAGAUAACGGGACAUACAAGUCUCUCGUCGAGCCCAGCGUCUUCAAUAUGAGCUUACUUCUUCCCCCCACUUUGGUCUUCCUGCAGAGACUGAAGAGCAUCGUGCCUCCGGGGUCAGACUUGGCCACAAGCACUCUGACAUCAUUCCUCGACAACUUCCUGGUGAACGUCUUCCAGCCGCAGCUGGAUGAAACAUUGGGGAAGCUUAGCGAUACAGUCUUCGGCGAGGCAGACGCUUUCCAGCAAGACCCGGACUGGAGUCGCCUCGCCAAAAGGCCCGUUUUCAAAGGGACGACCGCAUUCUUCACGGUGGUGACGGCGUUCUGCAGGAUGCUUGGCACCAUCCCACACGACCAGGCCUUGAGCUCUCUGAUCAUCACUCAGAUGCUCCGAUAUUACGACCGGUGCUUCACCUGGUACAGGACGCUCGUGACCAAGACUCGAGAAGAAGCAUCUGAUACAGAUACCCUCAGAGCGUCGGCCGUCAUGGCUACCGAGCCUGGCGAGAUCCAGGAAACGGUGAAGAAGCUCUGGACAUCCGAGGGCCUCGAUUAUGGGCUGUUGGAGCAAGAAGUAGGCUUGCUAAUAGUGCAGACCAACGAGAAACCACUCGACUUGAGCGAUAUCAUCCAGGAUCGCGACACCAUCUCCUCGCUGUGUCUGCUUUAUACAAGCAUGAAGUGGCUGUCGGCCAAAAUCUCACGGCUACGGCAUAUCACGAGGCACGAGACAGAUUCAUCUAGAUCAAGCUUACCCAGGCCGGAGAUGAGACGCUGGACCCUUCUGAAUGACCCCAACAAGGCGACAGAGGACGGCGGACCAGUCUACCUGCCUAUGACGCAGGAGACAGUCCAAUCCUUCGACAACAUCAUCUCCUCGUAUGAAGAGCUCGCGGCCACAGCGCUCCUGACGCUGCACAUGGAGGUGCGGUGCCGGAUCGUGCACUCGCUGCACGUGGUGCUCUCGCCGUCGACGGCGCCCUACCUGCUGAACCAGGAGGUCACCGAGCCGGACCCGCAGAUCCUGUCGCUCAACGCCGAGAUGGUGGUGUACGAUGAGACGGUGGCGCGGUUCCUGCGCGAGCGCGAGGUCUCCUUUACCCGGACGGGGCUCGGCCUGCUCAUCAAGAGCUAUCUCGUCGGAAACGCGGCCAUGGUGGCGCCCAUCAACACAAAGGGCUGCGGGCGCAUGCAGCUCAACAUACUAGUACUGCAGCAGAACCUCAAGAACAUCGAGGAGGGCGCCGUCGACCUGGCCAGGGCGGCCAACUACUACGCCCUGCUCGAGGGCGGGGCCGACGCCGUGGUGGAGAGGGCGAGGGAGGACGCGGAGAGGCAGCAGCAGUCGGCGGAGGAGGAGGAGGAGGGGGACGCGGCCGCGGCAGGUGCCACGGACCGGUUCACGUACGACGAGCUCAAGACCCUGGUGGAGCUGUGCUACAGCGAGCAGCUGGCGGAUCCGGAGAGGGGCGUCGCGAGCCAGGCGAAGAGGCAGAUGGCGGACAAACUGCUGAAUCUGAGCGAAUAUAUGUGGCAGACUUGAUGAGCUCGGGUGACGGCACAUUGGCACGACAUCUUAUACCGGUAGCCGCUGUAUGAAGGUCGUUCAUCGACGUACGAACCCCAGGAAUGAGUGGUACAUAUGAAGAUACCUACCCGGAGAGGCAUUCGCCGUUCAGGUACAGAUUGGCUCUAGGUUUAGACGGUAGUUCAGCUAGUGUAGAAGCUCACCCGGGCACGCCGGGUUUUGGUGAGCCUCGCCUUCCGGGGACUAUUGAUUCAGUUUUACUACGGAGCACCCAGUUAUGGAAUUGACAUUAACCCUGCGAACCCACACAGAGGCUGCCCUGCGCUUCUAAUCUAUACAACAUUGACGCG